AUCCCGCGCGCCUGGGGAAGGGACCCGUUCCUAGUUGCGCUGGCGCCCUCGGCCUCGGGGCUCGUUGGGACCCGAGCCCAGCGUCCACCCAAGCGCGUGGCGGGGGAGGCAGUGGAGGUAGAAGGACCACCCCAGGCGGGUCGGCGUUCUCCUUUUGCCUUGAGAAGACUUCCAGUGUCCGCCUCUUCGACUCUUUAGAGGGCAGGGGAGAGCUGCUGGUGGGAGGUGACUUCGGGCGUCGCCCUCUCCUCUGCCGCAGGUGGGCCAGGAGGGCGUGAGCGCCGCAGACGUGAGGGCCAUCUCGCCCCCUCUUCUCUUUAUGCUAAAGCGGAUGUAUCUGAUUGUUGGAGAGACCGCGGCCACUGCGGGCUCCGCGGGAGCCUGUCAAGUCCAGGCACCUCUCGGCACACACGCAGCCUCUGGUCUGGAGAUAACAGUCCGUAGCCCAGCCCCUCGAAGGGACUCCAGCCUGCGGUGCGGGGGCGCCUGGGUGCCCGCAGGUGGCAAGGCGUGGGCUACAAAGAUGCUUUUGAGCCGGGAGUCUCCGUGACACUUUCCACCCUUCCUCCUUGUAGGUCCCCACGAAUCUAAAAAUAGCCUUUGGGGCUUGGCCAGGUCGGACUGGGUGGGUUGAGAGAUUGUUGUUUUUGUAGAACAUACAUGACUGAAGGCAGAGUGCCCAAUUAUAAAUAGGGAAGUGAAAUUGUUUCCCACAGAACAAUCAAUUCUUAAUUGUUCAGAGCCUAACGACCCAGUGGGUGAAUGGCUUUGGCAUCUUCCUCCUUCUCCCUGUGACGCAGCCCUCGGGCUUUGGCUGUCUGUGGAGGAGCAGUGGCCCCAGGGGAUGGGCAGGACUGGAGGGGAAUCUGGAAACAGGGUUGCAAUCCCCUUGCACAAACUGGCCGGAGCAAACUGCAGAAUCAAAGGGCUGCCUUGAACCAGCAGAUCCUGAAAGCCGUGCGGAUGAGAACGGGAGCAGAAAACCUUCUGAAGGCAGCCACAAACCCCAAGGUACGGGAGCAAGUGCGCCUGGAACUGAGCUUCGUGAACUCAGACCUGCAGAUGCUCAAGGAAGAGCUGGAGGGGCUCAACAUCUCCGUGGGCGUCUAUCAGAGCACAGAGGAGGCAUUCACGAUUCCACUGAUUCCGCUUGGCCUGAAGGAAACCAAGGACGUUGACUUCUCAGUUGUUCUCAAGGAUUUUAUCCUGGAACAUUACAGUGAAGAUAGCUCCCUAUAUGAAGAUGAGAUAGCAGACCUGAUGGAUCUGAGACAGGCUUGUCGGACGCCCAGCCGGGAUGAGGCCGGGGUUGAACUGCUGAUGAGUUACUUCACCCAGCUGGGCUUUGUCGAGAGUCGAUUCUUCCCGCCCACCCGGCACAUGGGGAUCCUGUUCACGUGGUAUGACUCCCUCACCGGGGUCCCCGUCAGCCAACAGAACUUGCUCCUGGAGAAGGCCAGCAUUCUGUUCAACACUGGAGCCCUCUACACGCAGAUCGGGACCCGGAGCAAUCGGCAGACGCAGGCUGGGCUGGAGAGCGCGGUGGACGCCUUUCAGAGAGCCGCAGGAGUUUUAAACUACCUGAAAGAGACAUUUACUCACACCCCGAGUUACGACAUGAGUCCCGCCAUGCUCAGUGUACUGGUCAAAAUGAUGCUCGCCCAAGCCCAAGAAAGCGUGUUUGACAAAAUCUGCCUUCCUGGGAUCCGGAACGAGUUCUUCAUGCUGGUGAAGGUGGCUCAUGAGGCUGCGAAGGUGGGAGAGGUCUACCGGCAGCUGCACGCAGCCAUGAGCCAGGCGCCCGUGAAGAAGAACAUCCCCUACUCCUGGGCCAGCCUGGCCUGCGUGAAGGCCCACCACUACGGAGCCCUGGCCCACUACUUCGCAGCCACCCUCCUCAUCGACCACCAGCUGAGCCCUGGCGCAGACGAGGACCACCAGGAGAAGUGCCUGUCCCAGCUCUACGACCGCAUGCCGGAGGGACUGACGCCCCUGGCCACGCUGAGAAACGGUCACCAGCGCCAACAGCUGGGCAAGUCCCACCUGCUCAGAGCCAUCGCGCACCACGAGGAGUCCGCGAGGGAGGCGAGCCUGUGCAAGAAGCUCCGCAACAUCGAGGUGCUGCAGGAGGUGCUGUCCGCCGCGCACCAGCGCUCCCGGCUCAAGUACGCGCAGCACCAAGAGGACGGUGACCUGCUCGACUUGGUCGAGGCUCCCGACAUCGUUGCUAAAACUGAGCAGGAGGUUGAAAUUAUACUUCCACAGCUCUCCAAGGUGACAGCAGCUGACUUCUUCCAGAAGCUGGGCCCCUUAUCUGUGUUUUCGGCUAACAAGAGAUGGACACCCCCUCGAACUCUUCGCUUCACUGCAGAAGAAGGGGACUUGGGGUUCACCUUGAGGGGAAACUCCCCAGUCCAAGUCCACUUCCUGGAUCCUCACUGCUCCGCUGCGCUGGCAGGAGCCAAGGAAGGAGAUUAUAUUGUUUCCAUUCAAAACGUGGACUGUAAGUGGCUGACGCUGAGCGAGGUCAUGAAGCUGCUGAAGAGCUUUGGUGAGGACGCCAUUGAGAUGAAGGUUGUGAGCCUCCUGGACUCUGCCUCGUCCAUGCAUAGUAAGAGUGCUACAUACUCUGUGGGAAUGCAGAAGACCUACUCCAUGAUCUGCUUAGCCAUAGAUGAUGAUGAUAAAACUGAUAAGACCAAGAAGAUCUCGAAAAAGCUUUCUUUUUUGAGUUGGGGCGCCAACAAGAACAGACAGAAGUCAGCCAGCACCUUGUGCCUCCCGGCGGCAGGGGUUGCGAGGCCUCAGGCCAAGAAGAAGCUCCCGUCUCCUUUCAGCCUCCUCAACCCCGACAGUUCCUUGUACUAAUGUGAGGGAGCAAAAUGUUCAGGCCCAGGACAUUCCUGUGCUGACGAGGCCUUCCGAUUUGUGCCAUAAUGGGACAUUUCUAAACAUUCUCAAAUCCUGUUUUUCUCACAGCGUAAACUUAGAAUUGAUAUGUCUUUAUGAACGAAAGUAACUAGAAACCUCUAGAAUUGUGGAAAACAAACUUAUUUGGGGAGUGUCACCAUAUUGCUGCAAGUUAUUUAUUAUAUAAACUAUUUACGUAAAUACAAUAGUGUUGAAAAUAUAACUAUUUUUAACAGCUACAAUUCUGACCUUUAGUUACUAGUAGAAUUAAAUUGGGGUUACCUAUAUUUGUACGUUUCCACAUUUGGAUAACAGAUCGUUCCUUAACUCAGAGUUCAGAUGACCUCAAAUUAAGGCAGGUCAAGGGACUAUAAUGACAGAUGUAAAUUAGUGUUACCAGAAACUGUUCAAAGAGCUGCUUCCUAAGGGGGGCUUACUAACCUAAAACGACAAGACUUUACUAUUAUCUCUACGUAACAGGAAUGCUAUUUCCAGGUAAAGUCUAUAGAGUGCCAAAUUUGCCAUGACUUGCUAGAUUAAAAAACCGUUGAGGAAGCAGCUUUUCCCCUAGUUUCAUGUCAUUUAAAAGUUGCUAACACAGUGGCAGUGUUAGAUGAAGAUGCUGUCUACAAGGUAGAUAAUAUACUGUUUGAUACUCAAAACAUUCUUCAUUUUGUUUAAAGUAGAAGGUACAUAAUUGUAUAUUUUAAGAGUCUUUCAUGUGGGUUAAAAACAUUUUAUAAGAUAAAGAUAUGUGAUUCAAGUUUAAAGCUCUAUUUGACUUUUUAAAAUGACAUUCUUACUAUGGGAUUUCUCUUGCUACGUGUUGGAUGACACUGUGAUUCUAAUAAGAGUCACUGUUGACACAGUACAAGUUAUAUAUAGCUACAAAAAUAGAGCGCUGAAAUCUAAUUUUGAGAAUUAACAAGAAUUUAAGUAUUUUCUAGUGUGCAAUAUCAAAAGGGAAGCACCCACGUUUGGGAAAGUCUAUUCACUGCUCUUAGGGCUAUUUUUGUAUAAAUAUUUAAAUAAACACAUGCAUUUGCCUGA